CCUCCCUGCUCGCCAUCAUGCUCGUACAGACCAGGCUCGCCCAAUGCUUCGUCGCCAGCUGUCGCAGCCGCUUUGUGGUGCGCAGCGUGCACACCCAAGUCCGCGCUGUGACGAAAUCCCGGUCUCUCAAACCUCUGUUGUGGUGUUCCGCGCUGGCCAUAUCUGCCGCGUUGGCUUUGAAACGCACAGUCCAUCUGGAUUCAGAAGUUGUUCCGGACGAUGCAGGAGAGGAGACACGGAUCGACCCGGCAACUUCGAUCGCGUUUCCGACGACACUUCGCAUCCCGUCUAAAACUCCUCUGCCGACUUUCACUCUGGUCGGAGUUGGAGUGAGGACUGUGUCCUUCCUGGGCAUCAAAGUAUACUCCGUCGGGUUUUACGCUGAUUUGGCGAACCCUAAACUGAAUAUACCAAAAUCGGCGUCGCCAGAGGAGAAGGUUGAGCACAUAGUGCGCAACAGUGCAUGCGUCCUGAGGAUCGUGCCAACACGGUCGACUUCAUAUAGCCACCUCCGCGAUGGGUUCAUGCGCACGAUGCAGGCACGGCUACUCCUGAGCAAAAAGCGCGGCUCAUUGUCUCCAGAAGAGGAGUUUGCCGUGCAGUCACCACUGCGCAAGUUCAAGUCCAUCUUUCCGAACACCCCGCUUGCCAAGCACACUCCUCUCGACAUCAUGCUUGCCCCUCCGUCUCUGGACAGUAAGCAACCUCGCUCAUUGGUCAUCCGCGACCUCGGAGCCGUGCAAAGCAACUGGUUGGCAACCGAAUUUGUGCUGGCUUAUUUUGAAGGAGAUGGGCUAAGCCCUCCGCUGAAGCAAUCGGUUAUAAGCGCUCUGAACAAUUUUGGAAAGUAACCUGAUGAGCUGAAGACGGCCUCUCAGACUGCUUCCACAGAAUGUGGGCAGUUAUUAAACGUUGUGGUAAAUCUUUUGUGAUGUUAUACAUUCCGCAUCUGACAUACACAGGAAUUACCUUGUGACAUGUAUGAGCAUACAUCGAUGUACAUCUAUACUUGAACACCAUCCUUUCGAAUGAGCAUUGGCCAGAGAAUACAUAUCGAUAAAC